ACUUUCCGCCGCCAGGAGCAUAUGUAGCCUCUCUUCCAAUGGCCCAGUUUGAAGGGAUACUGAGCAAUGUUGACAGGCGAUUGCAGCUGUAUGGAAUGGUACAACGAGGAAGUUAUAACCAAAGAGCUGUUACCAGCCUGGACUCAGAAACAUUUUUUUCAGGGUUUCAGGACUAUGACCCAAAGGGGACUGGUGUGUUGAGACCAGAUGAUAUACCAACAGCUUUAGGUGCAGCAGUGUGUUUGUUCAGUCAACGAAUGGAUUCUAACAGAAAAUUUUAUAUGAAGACCUCCAAGAAAACAAGAGUUUAUCCAGAACAAAGUCUCAGUCAAAACUGUAGCGCCGAUGGAGGAAUGGAAGAAACUGAGUUGUACAACUGUUUCAAUACUCGUAUCAUUAAAAUAAAAUCAAACCAAUUUGAUCUCCCUGAAAGAAAAGCUGUUAAUCCCAAAAGAAAAUGUGGAAGAAUUUCUUCAUUUGGUGUCCCUAGUAGAGGUGCAGAAGGAGCACGAUCUCACCACAAGACAAAUGAGGAAAAGAUAUUAGCGCAUAGACGAUAUGAAAUUUCUGAUGACAAUAUAGAUUUAAAAAAUUAA